CAUGUCAUGCUAAAUGUCAAUUAUUACAGAUAACAAAAAUAGCUGCAACAACAACUCAGCUGAUUGCAUUAUUUCAAGAUAUUUAUUUACUUUUACCGACUCGGCCGGUGUGUGCUGAAGCAGUGAAGCCUCAAUCAGGACGAUUACUUAAAAAGUGAUUUAAAGACUCACUCUUUCAAUGCAUUAGAUGAUUAUAGUUUGUUACAACAGGAAGCAACGCGGAAUUCCCGAAUUUGCAGAUUAGAAGAAAUAAGAACUUUUAAAUUGCAGAUAAUACAUAAGAAUAAAUAAAAAUGUUUAUUGGAACAUCAAAAGAAAAAUUCCAUUUCCACAACACUUUACUGUGUCUUGUUCAAGCUAUGCAAGGAAGGAAUAUAACAGUGGACCUGCGAAAUGAUUCUUGUGUCUGUGGAAGAGUAGCCAGUGUAGAUGGUUAUAUGAACAUUUCUUUUUCCAAUGCAGUGUACUGUGAUCCUCAAGGAAAUGAAUAUCAGUUUGAUGAUUUGUUUUUACAAGGUCGUAAUAUUAGAUAUGUGCAUAUACCUGAGACUGACUCUAUGUUAUCAACAAUUCAAAAUGCAAUAGGCAGAGGUAAAAGACCAAAACCUGAUAGGAAGGAUGUGAAGAAGUCCAGAAAAGUACAAAAGGCUAUGAAGCAGCAUAUGGAGACUGUUGCUUUAUUGGAUAUGAAAUAGUUGUUAAAAUGCAUAAUAAAUGAAUAUUUUCUAA